UCAAUUCCCAUAGAUCGAAUUACUGGCUCUGCUCACUCCGCAGCGCAGCCCCACUGCCUCUGCUCCAAUCACGGGCAGCCUCGCGCUCCCCUGGUAGGCCUACUCACCAACCUACUCUCUCACAUUUUGAUAGAUCACUCCGGAGCUAUAAACGCGCAUCAACACAACUCGAUUUUUCCUUGCUAUCCGAAGAUGAGAGUGUCCAUCGCGGUGCCCUCUGCAUGCUUUACCUCCUAACUCGGGCUCUAGACCCGCAGCUGGGACGGGAGAGAGAGCAACCUCUCUUUUCUCUCAUCAUCACUCGCUUGGUGUUCCAAGGACACGGGGAGCGAGCCGACAGUCGACGACAAUAAUUGUACGGUAUUUGUGUAUCCUUUCUCAUUUAAACAAACUUCCUCAUCCUGUCUUUCACGCUGGGCACAUAUAGGGAAGGAGAGAAGAACAAGGCUCCGCAUCGCUAUUUCUACCGUGGAAAUACAUUUGGACGGGUUUUGUGCCCUGUCCGUAUUUGGUGAACCCUGGAUUUAGUGACCAUGGAGACGGUGGAGAAGGAGUGCGGGGCGUUAGGUGGACUAUUCCAGGCGAUUGUCAAUGAUAUGAAGUGUUCAUACCCCGUGUGGGAGGACUUCAGUGCCAAGGCCACCAAACUGCACUCCCAGCUCCGGACCACAGUGCUGGCGGCAGUGGCCUUCCUGGAUGCCUUUCAGAAGGUGGCGGACAUGGCCACCAACACCAGAGGCGCCACCAGAGACAUUGGAUCAGCUCUUACCAGGAUGUGCAUGCGGCAUCGCAGCAUCGAGGCCAAACUGCGCCAUUUCACCAAUGCCCUGAUGGAGAGCUUGAUCACUCCUCUCCAGGACAGGAUUGAGGAUUGGAAGAAGACAGCCAACCAGCUGGACAAGGACCAUGCCAAAGAGUACAAGAGAUCUCGUCAUGAGAUCAAGAAGAAGUCCUCAGACACCAUGAAACUGCAGAAGAAGGCCCGGAAAGGCCGAGGGGACCUGCAGCCCCAGCUGGAUAGUGCCAUGCAUGAUGUGAAUGACAUGUACCUGCUGAUGGAGGAGACAGAGAAGCAGGCGGUGCGCCGAGCUCUGGUGGAGGAGAGGGGACGCUUCUGCACCUUCAUCGGCUUCCUGCAGCCUGUAGUGAAUGGAGAGAUUGCCAUGCUGGGAGAGAUCACUCACCUCCAGGCCAUUAUUGAUGACCUCACUGUGCUGACCACUGAUCCUCACAAACUGCCUCCCGCCAGCGAGCAGGUGAUUAAAGACCUGAAGGGUUCAGACUACAGCUGGUCCUACCAGACCCCUCCCUCCUCCCCCAGUAGUUCUGGCUCCAGGAAGAGCAGCAUGUGCAGCAGUGUGAACAGUGCCCACAGUAGUGCCUCCCGCUCCUCCGGAGGCUCUCAGACUCACUCACCCAGUUCGUCCUAUCGCUACCGCAGCCUGGCCCAGCCGCCACCAGGGAACGCUCACCGCCUCAGCAGCGUCUCCUCCCACGACUCAGGCUUCAUAUCACAGGACGCCAACGUCUACUCCAAGCCUCCCUCGCCCAUGCCCUCUGACAUCACCAGCCAGAAGUCAUCAAGUUCCGCAUCCUCCGAGGCUUCCGAGACCUGCCAGUCAGUCAGUGAGUGCAGCUCUCCCACAACGUCUGGCUCGUCCUUCGCUACCUUCCGCCCUGCUCUCUCUCACACUGGCUCCAUCAGGCCUCUCUCUGUCAUACUUCCUGCGUCCCCACCCUAUAACUGCUCCCCUGGAUCCAACACUACCUCUCCCACAUCAAAGGUUCCUUGCUGGAAGGAUUGGUCCAAGGCAGGUUCUUAUGAGCAGCCGUUGGCUGCCACGCUUCAGCGGCGGAAGGAGCCCCUGGAUAGGCUGAGGGAGAGCGAGGCAUCCCCGGGCUCCCAGGGAUAUGCUGGUGCUCACCCAGACGAUGUCCAGAGGCCCCGAAUGACCCCCGCCACCAUCGCUGCCAAGCACGGCGAAGAGGUGUCUCCAGCAGCCAGUGACCUGGCCAUGGUCCUGACCCGUGGUCUCAGCAUGGAGCAGCAGAGGAGCAACAGGGACUCCCUGCAGUACUCUAGUGGCUACAGCACCCAGACCACCACGCCCUCCUGCUCCGAGGACACGAUCCCCUCUCAGGGUACCACUCUGACAAGGUCGGAUUAUGACUGCUACUCUGUGAAUGGAGAUGCCGAAGGUGAGGCGUCAACUGACUUUGACAAGUCCUCCACCAUCCCCCGCCACAGCAACAUCGCCCAGAACUACCGCCGUAUGAUCCAGACCAAGAGGCCGGCCAGCACCGCUGGUCUGCCCAGUGGAGCCCAGGGCGGAGUGCUUGGAGGGGGAGGGGGCAUUGGGACCCCUGGGACUGCCACCAUCCGCCGAACCCCAUCCACCAAGCCGGGUGUGAGGCGCACCCUGUCCAACGCGGGCCCCAUCCCCAUCCGCCCCCCCAUAGUGCCAGUGAAGACACCCACGGUGCCUGAUGCUCCUGGGGGGUACCCCGGGCCUCCGGUACGUGUGGGCAGUGAGGAGUGCGUGUUCUACGUGGCGGAUGACUCCUCCCCCAACACGUUGGAGUAUGUGAAGGCCUCUCCCAAACGUCUGAGCCUGCCCAACACAGCGUGGGGGUCUGGGGGAGCGAUGGAGAUGAGUGUGUAUGUCCAGCAGGCUGCCCAGCACGGCUCUGAGGAGGACCAGAUGAUAGCCGCUAACCGCCACAGCCUGGUGGAGAAGAUAGGAGAGCUGGUGGCCAGUGCCCAUGCCCUUGGGGAGGGACAGUUCCCCUUCCCCAACCUUCCUGAUGACCCCCCACCUGGCCUGGACCCCCAGCACGACCCCCAGGCCCCCGGGUCAGGCACCGACGUGCUGGUGUCCAUCCGCAGGGGUGUGCGGCUCCGCAAGACCGUCUCCAACGACAGGUCAGCGCCCAGGAUUUUGUGAUGGUCCACAGCGGAGCGGAGGGAGCGCAGCCUGCACCCACCGAGGUGCCCCAACCACUACAUGUCUCUGUAGUAAAGAAAUGAAUAUGACAACAGAAGAUUACAACAAAAAUACGUUUUAAUUAGAAGUAAAUGAUAAGUAACAAUAAUAAUGCUGAUAAUGAAAAAGUAAAUCGUGAAUAAUAAUGACAGGCUCUAGCCACUAUAACUCUAUCGUGUCUGGGCGCAUGUUUGUUUAAUUAGCACCACCAUCACCACGGGAUCCUCAGACUGUAUAUAGAGACUCUGUCUGGACUGACUGCCGAGAGAGAGACUGUUUUAUAGGGACCUGGACUUCCAGCCACCCUCUCCACCUCCUCCCACAACCCCCCACUCCUCACCCAACCUCUUACCCCCCCAUUCUAGAGUAAAACAGAGGGAAGCAGGUGGCAGAGAGACAGAUGAAAAGUGGGGUCAGUAGGGGGCUCCAUCUCUCCCUCUCCCUUUAGCUCAGGCCACAAGGCUCUGACAAUGCACUGUUAGCUUUAAACCAUGGCUAACCGCGUAGGUGUGUGUGCGUGUAAGAGGUGGGCAGAGUUCUGCUGCAGGUCAGCUGGUUGUAUUUGAGGGUGAGGCUUCUCUCCUCUGUGUCGUUUGUUGUUACCCUCACACUGGGCACACACCGGCUAAAUUAACGUUGUUUCCACAUCAUUUGAAUGAAAUGACGUUGGACUGACGUGGAGUUGACGUCUGUGCCCAGUGGACUGUUUUUAUUGUGACAUUUGAUUUCCUGUUACCACUGUAUGAGAAACUACAAAAUGAAGCCAGGCGUAUAUAUUUUCUAAAUCCAGAGAGAACAUGUUAAUAAGAAAUGGAGCAAUAAAUGUGUUUUAUUUUCUGCUUGCGGAGUGGAGGAGAAACAGAAGCUGUUAUCUUAGGUUUAGGUUCUCUUUUUUUAACUUGCAGGCAAUCAUCAGGCGUGCUCAAGUACAUAUGACAGUGGCUGUCUAACUUUGGCCAUUGGCUUUUCUCAAGUCCUUGCCUGAUGUGUUAAAAAAAACAGAAAAAUCAUUGAAAACUGAAGCACUUUGAAGGUUAAUUUCUAGUGUGGCCACUAGGAGUCAGUGUGGUCAUGCUAUGUGAUGAGACGAGGGUGCUGGGGGACUGAGAGUUGGCUGUCAUGCGGUGUGCUGAGUGAGUGCCACAGACCAGUGAGUGAAGCAGUUCAAUUGGUGAGAGAAUAGGAAGAUCGAAAAAGGAAGUGAUAAAGAAAGGUGGGAGAUGGGAACGGAAGGAUACGCCAUUGGAGGCAUGGUUAUGUACAAUGGGUCCGUGCUGAAAAGGUUGAAUUCCAAACAACGGAUUUAUAAUUUAGAUCAUAACAUUUAUGUAAAGAGGGGGAUGGUAAGCUGCUGUACUUGUCAUCACCUGUUGUGAGUCUCAAACAUGAGAUCCAUAGCUCAUGUGAACCAUGUGCAGCCUUACACGGGAGCUGGCUUUGCUAAAGACAUUAGAAUGAAAGUGACUAUAGCCAGGGAGAAAAAGUGAGGAUAAUUUAAGGGGUUGCCAGAAGAAGGGGGGAAUUUAUGUUUACAGAGUUAGCUGGAAGAGAGUUGCUGCAGCGGAGAGAGAUGGAAUGAGCAUUUCACUGCCUGUUCAUACUGUAAGCCCGAGUCGAGAGUCAGACGCACAGGAGGAAGUCAAGACUAGAAACUGUAUGAAUAUAUAUAUCGUAACCUUUCAUAAAAUUAUGUUGCCAUAUUUUUGCAAUAAUGUUAUGCUGUAGUCUUACUUUUGUCAAUGAAAAAAAAAAAAGAACUAUUUCCAGAGAACAAUGAAUCACAGUGAUAUAGGAUCUGAGCAGGCAGAGAGCAUUAUUCUGACUGCUGUGCUGUAGGGUAGUGAUGAACUUCAUGGAUGUCUGCCCAAUGCUCCCUAGCAGUGACUGUUGAUGUCCUCACCUUGACUACAAUGACCAUUACAAAAUGUAUCUCAAUGCUUAUUUUGUUUUAAAAAAUGUUUUUUUUAUUUAUUUAGCCUAAAUAAGAGCACUGUUUUAGAAAUGCCUGUGGCUGUUUUAAAGCGAGGAUCUGCUUUGAGAAGAUGAAACACCUGGUAUUGUAGAAUAUUGCUCAUCUGCUGGAGUGCCUGUAGUACUUCCACAAGGGGCUCUGUAAGAGGGUGUGUGGGUGUGACGCGGCAGGGUGGGGCGGCGGAGGAAGGGGAGAGACCAGCAGUCUGGAGGGAGUGGCCCAGGGUGGAUGUGACCUGCCCUGGCACAGUGCAUUCUCGACCAGAGGAUGCUCAUCCAGAGAAUGUCUGCAAAGCACAGGUCAGAACGAUGUAUAUUUAUAUAUACAUAUAUACAUACAUAUACUGUUUAAGAAGUUGAACACUAAUUGUACAGGUCAAAUUGCUAGAAUCUAAAAAAAAAAAAAAAAAAAAACGUUUUACUCACAUUACUUCACAUUACUGAAGAAAAAAAAGCAAAUGUCAACUGUGUGACAGCAAUAUGGGAGUGUGUUUAUUAGCCAAUUUAACAAUACAACUUCUUGUCUAACAAAAAGGUAAACAUGUUUACUGUCUUUUUAACUGUGCAGACUUAACUCUGGCAAUUAUUCUGUUCCAAUUUCUUGUCAUGCUUGGAUUACUCUGCUUCAUUCUGAUUGUGUGUGAUGCUCCUUACCGUUCCCGAGACCCCAACUCUGUAAGCGUCACUUCUGUCAGAGCAUUAGAGAAAGACAGGAUGUGGCACAGAGACAGACAGAGCGAGAGAGACUGGGCUGUUUGCUAGUGUGUGUUAGACUGAGAGGACCCCUACAGGGGAACUACAUGGAUGUCAGUCUUGGUUGUCUCUCUGCCUGGGAUGAGGUGACACUCUCCAAGACCCCAUGGUGGAUGACUAGCAGUCACCUCACUCCCUCACACCCCCACAGCUGGGCUGUCUCUGGGUCCAGACUCUCUUUCCCUCUUUCCUCACUAUCACUCGCUUCUCGCCAUCCUCCCACUGGGCAUAGAUGUCAGUUUAACGUCUAGUUUCGAUUUACAUUUGGUUGAGUUGUUAUCCAACAAUAAUUCAACAUUAAAUCAACAACAAAAAAAGUAUGUUAAAAGUUGGGUGUGCGAAAAAGACGGAAUGCCCUUGCGUUGAUUACUUUUUGCACAUCCAAUUAAUUUUCCAAGUUGAUUCAACGUCAUCGCAUAGUUUUUUGGGGGUUGGAAUGAUAUGGAAACAACGUUGAUUUAACCAGAUUUUGCCCAGUAGGCUACCCCCACUUAUACUCUCAAUAAAUGAACUUGUUUCUUUUCAACCUCUUAUCCACCCAUCCACCACAACCCCAACUCCUACUAGCAGCUCACUCCAUAGCUUGUCUCAGCCUCAGCAUCAGCUCUUAAGCCAGAGCCAAGCCCAAACUCCCAACAGGACUUUGAGUGAAACACUUUCCCGCUGGGGCUAAUGCAAGGACAGGGAAUAACUGUGUCAUCACAAUAAAAUGCUGGUUUCACAUGAGAAGAACAACACUUCCAUGAGAACGUGAUAUGAUGUCUCAUGCUGGCUGGAUUAUAGCUAAUGAAAUCAUUUAAGUUAAACCUUAACUUCCCUCUAAGUGAGUGUUAAUUUGCAAUAAGUGCCCAUGUGACUUCUCUCUCUCAAAUGGGGUGAGUUGUUUGUCUGUGUAUCCUGCUGCGCUUGCCAUGGGUGGUGUGUCCAUAGUGUUAGCGCUGUCGCGAGGGGAAUGGAGCAAAUGGGUUGAUGGGAGUGUUUUAGCCUAAUACACUUCUCUCUUCAUGUUGAGUGAGGUUUGCACAGUGCUGUGUAGAGACGUAUUUUUCACUUCCGUGUCUCUGCAAUACAGCCACGGUCGCAAGUUACACUUAUUUAAAUAGCUUUUUGAAUACUUAUGCAGAUCACUUUCACAAUUUCAAUAAUAGAGAAAAUGUGUUUUCAUUGCCUUGUGAGUUUCACUGUGUGUGAUUUAAUACUCCCCCCCGCUAAGCUAUAUAGAAAUAACAAUGGAACUCAUUCAUAAUGUGGGAUACUGGAUAUGUAACAGGAGUCUAUAGGUCUCAUUGGGUCUCUAUAAUGCAUUGCCUAACACAGAUCAACCUGUCCUCCCCCUCUUAAUCCUGGAUAAGAGCUUGGUUAAUCAGCCUUAUUACUGUAAGAACAUUAGAAAGUGGAUGACUGUCAGGAAAUCCUCUGGACUAUAGUCAUUCUGGCCAACACAGACCGUAACACUGUAUGCCUUUAUAGUCUAGGCUGGUGUUAGUGUCCGACCAGUACACACAGCCGUACUGUGACGUUGCAAAUGACUUUAUGCCGUUGUAAGGUAGCCAAACAGCCCAAGCCCCUCUUCCUUUAACUAGCUUAUAAUUCAUAUGUUCAAGCAUAUGUGAGGGCAGGGAUUGAAUCAAGCUGGGUAGCUGUGGGGUGUAGGUCAUGUAUGGAGGUUAUACUGUACGUGGUCUAGGAGUAGUUUGUUUACAUUGUCCACAGGUGUUGCGUUCGUGUGUCUUCGUGCUCAUGAAGUCUACCCUGACGUAUGUUGAGGAUCUCUGACACUGAUGGAGAAACAUAGACUCUGCCUCGACACAAGGUGGCUACACGCCCACUCUCCCACCCACACACAGCCUGUCCCCGUCUAUUUAAAAAGACCAACAAAGUCACCCCACAACGAUGUCACCAUCCGUUAACUCAACGCUGUCAGCUCCUGAGAUGUAGUCAGGCAGGGAGGAGGUGACUUGCGUUUCCAGGUGCCAUGGUAACAGAACUGAAUGUCUUUUCACUUGUGGAUUCUCAGUGGUUUCCUCUCUCUUCCUCUUCCCAAAGCCCAAUCCAAUAUUAAAGCUAAACCAAUGCAUCUAUGAACUUGACCCUUGCCACAGUUUUUAUGAAGUCAUUAUUUUCAUUACGGUAUUGUGAAGAGAUAUGAUGUGUGCAUAUGUUUUUGUACAAAACCCCCUCCAAUGGAGUCACGUAACGCUACAUGCUUUCUGUCUUCUAAUUUCUCUCCUCUUUAAUUUAUUGUGCCCUUUUCUCCAAGGCUGUUUUGCCUCUUUUGCUGAUGACAAGUUUUUCUUUUUGUAAUAUUAAUCCUUUUAAUUUUGUUAACUUUAGUCACUGCUAAUGUAACAAAACGCACUGUGAUGAUUCCAGUAUUAAUAAAAUAUGUACUUAAACUGUG